UUAAAUUGUCAGAAAAUUAUUUUAAAAUGUUCAUAUUUUCAGCCCUUCGACUUUUCGUCUGUUUGACUUUCGUCAUUGUUAUUGUUGAAGCUUAUCCUAAAGAAGCUGUGAAACCGGGUAACAAAGAAGCAGGGUUGGUGACCAAAAAAGUCAACGGUCAGAAAAUCACUACUGCUACACCCAAAGUGACUACCAAGGGCUCCACCGCAGUGCCUCCAAGAACUACAGAGAGGACAAAAAUGGGUGCAACUCAUAUUGAAAAUGAUUUGGAGAAGGGUGAUGGGCACGACGAAGAGAAUGAAGAUGAGUUAUCAUUGAUUGAACCACUUUCUCCUGACGACAUGACCGCAAAGUCUGGAGUCCAAAGUGGCAAAAAUAAAUUAGGAGAGUCACUCUACUGUCCCGGAGUUGUUUGUUCUUUCCCCUCAUUUGGCCAUGAUGAUGUUGUGCUAAGCUGUCAAGAAACAUGGACCACAAGCAUCAAUCCCGUCCUGCCAGUUAUGGGGUCUAAGCUCGACUGCUGCCCUGUUCACAUCUGCAUUCGACAUGAUGGAUCCCAAUUUACUCACUAUGGAAUUGAAAGACCAGUGGAACAAGUGAACAUUAAAAAUAACCCGCAACAACUUCAAGAUUCUGAAAAUACAAAGAUCAAUCACAACGAAAUUCCUCCAGCCACUCAGACUGUGGCUCAACAACCGUUUUCAGAAACCUUCCUUGGUAUUUUCCCCCCAUCUCAAAAACCGCAACAAGAACUAAGUCCACUGGUCCAAUAUCCGAUGACAGGACCAUUUCAACCACAACCACAACCACUACUUCCUCCACCACCCUUCAUGAUGUUGAACAUGCUAGGCCCUCAAUUUCCUCGUUUUAACAGAAACGUGGGACCAUUUUUCCCCGUGGAUGGAUGGGGGGUGGGUCCGUGGGGACCGACAGAUGUAUCUUCAUUUUAUAACCUCCGGGCUAGGAGAGACGCCGACGUGUUGCAACAAGAACAACAGUGGACACCAAGUGUAUUUUAUGGUGAGCCCGUUCCAAUGCAAGCAUUUCCAGUAUCAUUUUAACUUUUGAUUACUUAAGUAUUUAAUUUUUGCAUAAUUUUUGCGUACUUAAUUAUGCAUAAUAAACUUUAAAACUGAUUACUUAGUACACGUAGUAGUAAGUCAUACGUGACAAAUAUACAGCUGUGUUAUUUAAUUUAAUGUUUCUAAAUAAAUACUGGAAGAUAUAGAUCAAAAACGGGAAAACAUGGCCUGGGCUAACCGUUGUAACGUUUGGUGUGUUUUGUCUUUUACACCCGAUCGGCCGUGACUUAUCAAUUACUCCCAACUGGCGAAAGUUAACUUUGUUAGUCAUACGAAACCAGAAAAAUAUUUCUCGUUACCAUUUUGACUAUAACAAAGAGUACGUAGAAAUAUAUAUGUAUUACUGAUGGACUUGCGUCAAGCUAUUUAACCUUGCCGAAAGGCAAGAAAAAAUGCCAACAUUUGAUGGACGGAUGCCAGAAUUUUCCGGCUUCGAGGCGUCUGAAGUUCAUCUACAUACACGCGGAUGACACCAUUCACCGCCCAUUUACCGUUUCGGAAUAAAUGUGUGAUAUAUUUAACCUAAUGUAUUAUGCAAAUUAUAUCGGGUAAUUACGUGCAUUACUGUAAAAAGAGUGCUACAAAUAUAUUUAUUUGGCUGAUCCUAA